AUAAUGGAAGAAGAGUGGUGACUUAAUAGACGACGAAGUACAGUUGAUGGCGAACCGCCGGAACAACCCGUUUUGUCAUUCAUAGAAAAAUGUGGGAGAUUCAAAAGCAUCCUGGAAAAAGGUCCCUCACUUUUAGGACGUUGUAUUACUGGGGAAAAUUUAUCGGCAUCAACCCUUUGCAUUUGUCCGAAAGCAAUCAACUGAAAACGUCAUACUUUGGUAUUUUCUACGCGUGUUUUCUUUGCGUUAUUUAUUGUUUCUUGUAUUAUUAUUUUUUCAUCGAGCGAUUGAACUUUCUGUUGCCCGACGAGACACCGGUUUCGGUAAUCGCCGACUUCACCGAGAUCAUAAACGUUGGCCUCGAAAUAUUUUUCACUUGGUUUAUAAACGGUUUUUAUCAAAAUCGGCUUAAACUCAUCGUCGAAAGUUUCGCCAAAGCUGAAGAAAUCUCGAAAUUACUCGAAAUUCCAGAAGAUUACGAAAAACAUUUCAAAAAUCUUUUAUCUAGUCUGAUAUUCGUGAGUUUACUAUGGACCGCGUUGGUGGUUCUCAAUGACAUUGAACUAACAGGCCUUCCGACCUUCCGCCCAUUGGUCUGGACCAGUUACAAUCUAUUGAGAAUCCCAACUUUCAACUUUGUCACCAUCGUUCUCUGGAGCUUCGUUAUAAUCAAGCGCAAAUUUCGUCGACUCAAUGAAAAAGUGCGUUUUUUAAUGCUGCACGAUUAUCAGGAAUCUCGUACGCUCGAGAAGAACGUGCCAUCCGGUUUGAUAAAGAAUUUCAGCUACAUCCCUGCUAUUCCGUCCAACAGAAUCGACAUUAUUUCUCAACACCAUCGAGACCUCGCAAAAUUGAUAUACACUAUCAAGCGACAUUGCGAUCCGCUCUUUCUUUUGUGCAUCAUGGCGCACAUAUCGAACGGAUUGGUCAAUGCCUACUUAACAUAUCGCUCGGUAACGGACAGAAACGUUAUGACUGCUAGCGAUUGUUUAUUCACAUUUUCGUAUUUCAUCUGGACAUGCUAUCCCCUAUCGAUGCUGCUUGUCAUGUCCAACAUAUUUGGAUCCACUCUAAACGAGGCCAACAGAACGGGGAAUGUUCUUCACAAUAUGCUCAACAAUUACGAAAAUUCUGGUGAUUCCAGAGAAGUCGCGAAAUUGUACAUGUUCUCGUUCAAUCUCCUGAAAAACCGAUUGGAAAUAUCUCUCUUUGGCUUGCUCGAUCUCAAUCAUUGGAUGGUCUACAAAAUCGUAAUAAUGGCGACUACGUAUGUUGUCAUAAUGUUUCAGUUUUAUAAUUAAAUGAGGAUACAAUAAAAACAUCCUUUCGAAGAA